GCGUCAGCUAGGGGCCAUAAAACUAUUAUUAAUUUACUCCUUAAACAUCAUGCCAACGUAGACUUAAGCGAUGUCAAUGACGUAUCCCCGCUAGAUGUCGCAAUUGCGGGAGGUCAUGGAAUUAUCGCCAAGAAGCUGAUCAACAGUGGCGCUUUAGCCAAGGAUAGCGUUGGUCUUCACUUCGCCGUAAGAAAGGGCAAUACAGACAUGAUUCAAUUGCUUCUAGCACAUGGGUGGAAUCCCAAUGCCCUCUACUCAAUCAAUAGGACCCCUUUGCAUUUGGCUAUCGAUAAAGGAUGCAAGGAUAUAGUUUCCAUCUUGCUCCAAAACGAGGCAAGUGCUAGUGUAAACGCCCUUAACUCGCUUAGUCAGUCGCCGCUUCAUAAUGCUAUCGCAUUAGGCCACACCGAGAUGGUAAUAGUAGUGUUGGAAGGUGGUGCCGACGUCAACCUGUGUACCGAGAACGGUCAACCGGCUCUACACAUCACUCUCGCCAAGAUCACGGGGAUUAGGGGUAGACAGGAAUCCUCCGCCGCUUGCUUGAUCGUGAUGCUGACACAGCACUUAUAUCGCCGCGGGGCGGCGUAUCGAAUGAUAUGA